AAAUGCUAAAACGUUUUGGCAUAAAGUGCAUUUGAAUCAAGUUCAGCUCUUGGCCCUCUUCCUCCUAUGUAGAGUUACAGUUGAUACAUUAUAUAAGUGACAGUAUUGCUAAGGCUGUAGUACAUACAAGAGGAGAUAUUACAAUGAGUUUGGUACAUAAUUUUUUUGUUUUUGGAAAUAUAAUUUUUUUCUAAGAUACAAUUCACUUUUUGUACAUUUAAAAGUUGCAGAGUCUCACAUUGAAGCACAAUAGUGAUUGAUAGUUUAUAACUUGAUGAAUUGAUACUUUCAGAUAAAGAGACUAAUCCAGAAGUUCAUCAGAAGACAAGAAACAAUCAGCCUGGUGGUUGUGCCAAGUAAUGUGGAUAUAGCAACCACAGAGGCUUUGAAGAUGGCACAGGAGGUGGAUCCUGAUGGGGAGAGGACUUUAGGUAUCUUGACUAAGCCUGACCUGGUGGACAAAGGCACAGAAGAGACCGUGGUUCACGUUGUAUGUAAUGAUAUCAUCCCCCUGAAAAAGGGCUACAUGAUCGUCAGGUGCAGGGGUCAACAGGAGAUCAGAGAGAAGGUGUCUCUCACUGAAGCAAUAGAAAGAGAGAAGGCCUUCUUCAAAGAGCAUAUGCAUUUCCACACUCUCUACAGUGAUGGCCAUGCCACUGUGCCCAAACUGGCUGAGAAACUUACACUUGAGCUGGUGCAUCACAUUGAGAAAUCUCUGCCUCGACUGGAAGAGCAGAUAGAGGAGAAACUAGCCCAGACUCAGGUAGAGCUGGAGAGAUAUGGCACUGGGCCCCCAGCUGAUGCAGCUGAGAGAUUUGCCUUCCUCACUGAAAAAGUGACAGCAUUCACUCAGGAUGCAAUCAGUGUGACUAAAGGAGAGGAACUCAAGUGUGGAGAAAAGCUUAAUGUCUUUUCUAUGCUCCGAAAAGAGUUUGGGAACUGGAACCUCCAUCUGUAUAACUCAGGAGAAAACUUUAACAGAAGAAUUGAUAAGCAGGUAGAGAAACAUGAGGAGAUGUACCGUGGAAGAGAACUACCAGGCUUCAUCAACUACAAGACCUUUGAGAUCAUGGUCAAGGAGCAGAUCAAAAAGCUGGAAGAGCCAGCUGUCAAGAAACUCAAGGAUAUAGGAGAUGCUGUCAAGAAGGUGUUCAUACAGCUGGCCCACAUUAGCUUCACUGGAUUUCCUAACCUCGUGAAAGCAGCCAAGGCAAACAUUGAAGCCAUUAAGCAAGAUAAAGAGUCCAUUGCGGAGUCCCUGCUAAGAGUCCAGUUCAAGAUGGAGAUGCUUGUUUACUCCCAGGACAGUACCUACAGCAGCAGUUUGACUGACACCAAGACAGAGGGUGAUGAGAUGGACGACGACUGGCAGAAAUUGAAUCGAAACAAAAUCAUUGCCUACAGAAUGGAUAAUCGUGCAACACUUGAUGAGCUGAUGUUGCACCUUAAGUCAUAUUACAAAGUAAGUUUUCAU